AAUCUUUGGAAAUAGAAGGCCGUGAGUUAUUAUUUUUGAUAAAACAUAUAAAAACUAUAAUUAAGAAAUAUUUUGAAAAUAUUUAACACAAGAAUGGAUAGUUCACAAAAUAGGGAAGCAAGUUUAGACAAGAAAAGUGUAAGCGACAAAUAUAGAAUAAAAUUAAGAUCUGGAAAAUUCAUUCAAGAGGCUGGUUCAUCCAAUAUCACGUCAUCUUUGCAAGUUCCUGGAAUUGCAUCGGGAUAUAUUUUGCAUAAAAACGAAAGUUUUUCUUAUGACACAAAACCUCUCGAAGGCGGAUAUGCAUGGGUUAUUCUAUUUGCAGCAUUUUUCAUUGGAGUAAUUACUGAAGGCAAUAUAAUGUCUGUAGGUACUCAGUUUUUACAUACAAUAUUACGUGCUAUACUGCCAGGUAUUGAAAAAGACUUUUCAGUUGAGAAAUACACAACGGCCUUUAUUGCUUCAAGUCAAACAAUUGGAAGUGGUGUCGGUAUGCUUGCAAUGGUUAGUCAACUUAUUGUAGCACAUUAUUUUGAGAAAUAUCGAGGAGGUGCUGUUGGAUUACAAUCAUCGUCCGCAGGAAUCGGUUUACUUUUAUACGGACCAUUAAAUUCAUAUUUAACUAGAAAUUUUAAUUGGUCAGUCAAUUUACGUCUAAUGACAGUUUCUUUCCUUUUUUGUUAUGCAUGUUGUGCAGUAUUUAAAAAAUGUGAGCCAAUUAAAGUUGAUUUAAGAACACAAUCUGAUAAUUCAUCAGAUUCUAAUUCAGAAGAAGCUGUUGAAAUAGAAAGUAGAAUUUAUUCAUAUUUCUCUAAAACAGAUUUAAAAGAGAAAAAUAAAGAAGAGGUUUUUCUGGCAAGUAUGAAGCAAAAACAAAGUCAAAUGCUCUUGGCUCCUGCUGGUGAAGGAAAAAUGGAAAAUUCUGUAACGGACAGUUCUAAUAUUGAAAAUAUUAUUGUUAUUGAGAUUGAUGAUGGAAGUGAAGUCAAAUCAGAAGAAAAUACUUCAAUACAUUCUGAAAAGGAACAAAAGGUGAAUACAACAAUUUCAGAAAUUCAUGAAAAAUCAGAUGAAGAUCAAGAGAAAUGCUGUACAAUAAAUCAAAAAAUUAUUGCGGCACUUAAAAUUUUAUUUGAUCUAAAAUUAUUAAAAUCGACUCCGUUCCAGAUUAUACAAAUAGCUUCAUGUUUUUUAAUAAUGGGUCACGCAAUACCAUUUUUAUAUGUGAUAGGUAUAUUAUAA